CUGUAAUGUGUUUGCGUAGUGUUCCACUGCAUUUCUCAGUGUACGAUUCGUUGCGCGAUUGAGAUAGGGACUCUUUUCGACGAUGGCGGACUCGGGGAAGAUAGAGAUCAUCAAUGACGAUCCGACUGACAGCCCCGUCUUGUCUGACAACGAGGCGGCGGCUGGUAGUGGUGCCGGUGGGAAGUUUAACGAGAAAGCCCUGCUGAGGAAACUCGAUGCGCGACUGUUACCUGCGGUCGGAGUUCUGUAUCUUCUGUCAUUUUUGGAUCGAAGCAAUGUUGGGAAUGCUCGUAUCGAGGGAAUGCUGAACGAUUUGCACAUGACUGGAAACCAGUAUCUGACCGGCUUGAAGCUAUAUUUCAUCGGUUAUGUGCUGUUCGAAAUACCAUGCAACAUUAUUCUGAAAAGAACCAGCCCACGCAUCUGGCUCCCCACCUUGACCAUCGCCUGGGGAAUUGUGGCGACUCUUCUGGGCGUGGUGCAGAACAUGACGGGUUUCUUCGUCGCCAGAUUCUGCCUGGGCGUGACGGAGUCUGGCUUGUUUCCGGGAGUAGUGUACUACUUUAGCAUGUGGUACAAGAGAAAAGAGCGCCAGUAUCGGGUUUCGCUCUUCUUUAGCGCUGCUUCCUUGGCUGGUGUCUUUGGUGGAAUCCUGGCUUAUGGGAUUGGAAAUAUGAAGGGCGUGGUGUGGGAGAAUGGAUGGCGAUGGAUCUUCAUUCUGGAGGGUAUUCUGACAGUACUUGUGGCCAUCGCGGCAUACUGGUUCAUCCAUAACUACCCCAAAACAGCCAAGUUCCUCAGCGAUGAAGAGCGGCAGUUCAUCCAAGAGAGACUCGCAGCAGACAGCGAUGCCACCAACGAAGAGCACUUCAACUGGGGCGCCGUCAGAGAGGCUCUCCAAGAUCCCGCUUGCUGGCUGUACGGGCUGGGCUUCCACACCAUGAGUUUGCCACUGUAUACUCUGUCGCUAUUCCUGCCAACCAUCAUAACCAACCUAGGCUACACGGCUGCCAAAGCCCAACUCCUCACCAUCCCCCCCUACGCCUUCGCCUUCGUCACCACCCUCAGCAUCGCCAUUCUCUCAGAACGUACCGGCCAACGCGGCCUCUUCAUCGGAAUCUCCGCGCUCUUCGCAUCCAUCGGCUACGCCAUCCUCCUCGGCAACACCAACCCCGUCGCGCGCCCCGGCGUUUCUUAUCUCGGGACCUUCUUCGCCGCCGGCGGGAUAUACCCCGCGACCGCGCUCGUGCUCUCGUGGCCCGCUAUCAAUGUCUCCGGACAGACGAAGAGGGCUAUUGCAAAUGCAAUGCAGAUCAGUACAGGCAAUUUGGGGGCGGUGUUGGGGACACAGCUCUAUCGCGCUACGGACGGGCCGAGGUUUGUUGUCGGCCAUGCGAUGGCAUUGGCAUAUUUGUUGGCGAAUGUUGUUGUGGUUACAGUGUUGGGUUUGAGGUUGCGGGCGGAGAAUAGGAGAAGGGAUGAGGUUUCUGAGGAGAUUAAGGAUGUAGGGCAAGUUGUGGACUGGAAGGGGGAUUCGGAUGUCAGGUGGCGGUUUGAGUACUAAGCAGUUGUUACUGAAUUGGUGCGUCACGGCGAGGAAGAGACGCUUCUUUGCGUAACUUAAUUAUGAGGGGAUCCUACCUAAUUAACUGGCGAUUCGUGUGCGGAACGGGUAGUAGAUAGACUAUCACCUGUCCAAGCUCCACUUUAUGACAUCGAGG